UAUAACCCGGUCCACCUUAAAACUUCAAUGUUCUCACGCAUGCUAACACGUCUUCCUCAUAAGGUUUCACACUUAUGCAAAAUUCAAAUUUCUCAUUCAUCUUCUAUAUUUAUUAUAACUGACACAUUUCUAUAACUAGCUUUACCUUCCAUAUUAGAGUACCACAUUUUCUCUCCCUUCCACCAAUGAUGAAGAAUUCAACCCUAACAGCAACAACAACAACAACCGUUUUUGUCAUUUUACUCUUUCUCCAUUCCUCACUAGCUCUCAAGGAAGGACAAAUAUGCUUAGCAGAUAAAAACUGUGAUUCUGGUUUACACUGUGAAACGUGUGUGGCUAAUGGAAACUUGCGACCAAGGUGCACUCGUAUUCAACCAAUUAACCCUACUUCAAAGGUGAAAGGGUUGCCAUUUAAUCGGUAUUCAUGGUUAACAACACAUAAUUCAUUUGCACUUUUGGGUCAGAAAUCAGCAACUGGUUCUGUGAUUCUUGCUCCCACCAAUCAGCAAGAUUCCAUUACCUCUCAGCUUAAUAAUGGUGUACGAGGAUUGAUGCUUGACUUGUAUGACUUCGAGAAUGAUGUUUGGCUGUGUCACUCAUUUGGUGGCCAGUGCUUCAACUAUACAGCUUUUCAACCUGCCAUCAAUGUUCUCAAAGAGAUUCAAGCAUUUCUCGAAGCAAAUCCAUCAGAGAUUGUUACUAUCAUUAUCGAAGAUUACGUUACUUCACCAAAAGGCCUAACAAAAGUCUUUAAUGCUGCUGGUCUGAGAAAAUACUGGUUUCCAGUAUCUCGAAUGCCAAAAAACGGCGGAGACUGGCCGACAGUAGAUGAUAUGGUCCAAAAGAAUCAACGUUUAGUAGUUUUCACUUCAAAAGCGGCUAAGGAAGCUUCCGAAGGGAUAGCCUAUGAAUGGCGAUAUUUAGUAGAAAACCAAUAUGGAAAUUCAAAUGGAGGAAUGAAGGCCGGUUCGUGUCCAAAUCGCGCACAAUCACCGUCUAUGAACACAACAUCGAGAUCAUUAGUCCUAGUGAACUAUUUUCGGGAUCUUCCAGAUGAAACUCAAUCUUGCAAGGACAAUUCAGCUCCUUUGCUUGACAUGGUCAACACUUGCUAUCAAGCAGCCGGAAAACGUUGGGCUAAUUUCAUUGCUGUUGAUUUCUACAAGAGGAGUGAUGGAGGAGGAGCUCCAGAAGCAGUUGAUGUAGCUAAUGGUCAUCUAGUAUGUGGAUGUGGAAACAUAGCCUCCUGCAAGGCAAACAUGACAUUCGGAUCAUCAUGUCAGUUACCUGAGGCUGAACUAGCUCCAAACCGCGAAGCAGCAUUAGCAUCCAGCUUUAGCAUUCAAAAUUGCAAGCCACUUGAUUUAUUGUUGUCUUUUGCCAUUACUCUUUUGGUAAUGCUCUUGGCAUUGUGAAAGGAUUUGGACUUAAAUUAUCACGCUUUUCAACUGCAGAGAAUCCAGACCCUUGUUAUGGUAACACUGAUUACUCGGAAUACUAUAGAUGAUUUUGUGUAGUGGUUGUUGUUUUAUUGUUUAUUGUAGGGGUGAGAUUUGAAAGUUGUAGUUGUUUGGUGCAAAUUGUAGUUGUAAUUUUAUAGUCUUGUUAGGUGUGCAAUUCAAUUGUCUCAUUAACUUGAUACUAUUGUGAAAUUGUUAGUGUGCACCAUGUGGUGGGUGGUAUGGUAUUUUAUAUUUUUAGAUACAUCAUGAUUAAGAGUGUAAGUAAUGGACAAGAAUGAUGUUGUUUAAAUGUCUUUUGAUGGAUA